AUGGAAGCUCGAGGGCAGAACGCCAACACAAUUCCAAACCAUCCUCCACCUACAAUCGACGACCUAUUCGAUUACAAUGCCGGGCUUGAUGAAAUCCUCGGAGACACGGAGGUGAACCAACACAAUAACUCAUCAAAUCCAACAUCAGGAAGCAAUAAUGCACCAGCGGACUCCAACAGUGCGAGUCUGGGUCUGGAUGAGGAAAUCAAGGUAGCGCCCAAGAGAAGACCGGUUCCGAAAUUAGACGAGGCUCGAUUACUAUCACCAGCCGGGAUCCCAAAGCUCCGAAGGGAUGCAAAAAAACUCAAAUUCAGGGGAAAGGGCCAUGAGUACUCUGACGCCAUGCGUCUUCUCAACUUUUACCAACUCUGGCUGGAUGACCUCUACCCCCGCGCAAAAUUCGCAGACGGCCUAGCUAUAAUUGAAAAGUUGGGCCACUCGAAGCGCGUCCAAAUCAUGCGAAAGGAGUGGAUUAACGAAGGCAAACUAAGACCAGAUGUUGUUGGUAGAGAUGAGGAAGCAAGCAAUGACACAACCCAGCUUCCGGCUGCGAACGAUGCAGUCACUCGUGAUGAGCGUGAUCAAAACGAAGCAGCUGAAUUAUUUCCCGUUGCGACCACAAAUACCACCCAGCGCGAAGCAAGAACAUCGCCCACCCGAGAAAACCUCGAUACCACUGAUGUUUCCACAGAAAAUCAAAUACCGUCCAUUUUCGGUGGCGGGGGAGGAGGCGGGAAGAUGGCAGAACACAACUUUGACAACAAUGCUGAUAGUGACGAUGAAUUUUUCGUCAGGGACGAUCGCAACGAUAAUGCCCGUGCGAGCAUGAAUGUGCUACCAGGACAUGACGAAAACGCACCCGAAGAUGACGAGUUAGAUGCUCUCUUAGCUGAGCAUGAGGGUGGUGGGAUGCCAUCAGAACGGGAACCAACGCCUAACUCCACUACCACCAUACCGAAGGGUGCAGGCCCAAGUUCAGGACUACCGCAAGUAGGCGGCUUUGAUGAUUUGGAUGCGAUGGAUGAUUAUGGUUUUUAA